AACAAAACAUCUAACGUUAAAUACCUGGAAAAAUAGUUCCUGGUCAAAUAUCAAGUAGUUUACAGAACACUAUUCGAGUGGACUUACUGCCCUACAUGUUUAGAAUAAAUUCAGACGUGUAGUUGGUGAACAUGGAGGCCGGGUGUCAUAUAUAGAACACAUGGAGGAGGAGUUAUAAAGCGUUAUAACGGAAGCGUCCUUCAGCCGCGGGUUCUGGUCCGAUGACAGAUCCUUCCCACGGUAACACAGCGGACAUGGCCGCGUCCACCGGAGGAUCAUCCACCGCGGGCAUCCAGGGGUUCCCCAUCAUAACCGGCAGGCCCCCGGAGGACAGCACCGGUAAGGACCCGGAGCAGACCGGAGAACCGAAGAAAAAGCCGUGCAGGGCUUGUACCGACUUCAAGUCGUGGAUGAAGGUCCAGAAAACGCCACAGGCGGCCCCAGCUGAGCAUGUGGAGCGGCAGCCGGAGUGUCCGCUGGACAGGGAAGAGUUAGGGCGUAACACCUGGUCCUUCCUGCACACCAUGGCAGCUUACUACCCAGACCGGCCCUCCCCCAGACAGCAGACAGACAUGGGACAGUUCAUCAACCUCUUCUCUAAGGUCUUCCCCUGCGAGGAGUGUGCUGAGGACCUGCGGACAAGGCUGAAGACCAAUCAGCCAGACGCCAGUAGUCGCCACGCCCUCUCCCAGUGGCUGUGUGGCGUCCAUAACGACGUCAACGCUCGGCUGGGGAAGCAGCCGUUUGACUGUUCCCUCGUGGAUGAGAGGUGGAGGGACGGUUGGAAAGAUGGCAGCUGUGACUGAUUCAUUACUGUUACCUGGGAACUGAGAGAUACAGGACACGUCUAUUCACAUCCUGUUCCCUGUAUAGUAGCGUUUAGGGAACUAUCUGGCAUCUGACACAGAGACUGUUCUAUUUUCUGAUUGGCUACGGAUCUACAUGAUGUUCACUAUCAAUCUGUUGUCCAGUUCCUUCAGAAAGUAUUCAGACCCCUGGACUUAUUACACAUGUUGUUGUGUUACAGCCUGAACUCAACAUGGAUUACAUACCCCAUAAUGACAUCACAAUACCCCA